AUGGCGAGUCUGUCGCAGGGCAUCCAGCAGCUGCUGCAGGCCGAGAAGCAGGCGGCCAAGAAGGUGUCUGAGGCCCUCAAGCGAAAUAAUCGAAGGCUGAAGCAGGCCAAAGAAGAAUCCCAGGCUGAGAUUGAACAGUACCGACUGCAGAGGGAAAAAGAGUUCAAGGCCAAGGAAGCUGCGGUACUGGGGUCCCAUGGCAGCUGCAGCACUGAGGUGGAGAAGGAGACCCAGGAGAAGAUAACCAUCCUCCAGGCCUACUUCCAGCGGAACAGGAAUGAAGUCCUGGAUAACCUCCUGGCCUUUGUGUGUGACAUCCAGCCAGAAAUCCAUGAAAACUACCGCAUAAAUGGAUAAGAGCAGAG